AUGCAAGCCAUAGAUGUGGUAAAUAAUAACCAAAGAACACAAGCUCUUUUAAUCCCAAAGGUUGAAUGGAUAAGACUAAAAAAGAUUUUGACCAAAAAGGAUGAUGAUAUAGCUACAAUUGAGAUGAUAAAGCGAUUAAAAGACGAACGGCAAGCUACAUCCAAAGCCAUAAAAGAAUCAUGGGACGCCACUGUACUGGUACCUACCUAA